UUUUGAGAGUUUUGUUUUGACGACUCUCUCUCUCUCUUUCUCUGCUACUGUGAACUGUCAAAUAACUUUACCAAGUGUUAAUUAAUUAAUGCCAAGCCCGCUUUCCUUUUCAAUUUUGCUUUCACUUUACUGUUUCUCUCUCUUCGCUGCAACCUUUUCUUGCUUCGUUCUCCUUCCAUUCACAUCUCUCUUCCCUUUCUCUUUCUGUCCACCAACUAACUUCCCCUGUUCCCCAAUCGUUUAUUCUCUUGCAUCUUCCAAUUUUUCUCCACUCCUUAUUUGUAUCCUUUUGGCCCACAUUUUGGGUUACCUUCCAAACGACUCCUCUUUCUCUGAAACUGCGGUGGUGGGUUCCUGUUUACAAAAGGGAUUUCUGGUUUUUGGUGGGUUUGUGCUGGUCUUCAGGUCUACAUUGCCCAAUCUAUGCUUAUAGAGCCUCAUUUGCUUCAUAGAGGAGAAGCCCUUUCUUUCCUCCUCUGGCUGCUCAAGGAAGAGGAUCAAGGGGGCUAGCUACAUCCCUACCUUUCGGAUUUCUUCACACAAGGUGGGAAUGUUCUAAUCCUUUUGUUGUCUGAACUGGGAACGGGUAGCGCAGAAGGAUCAGCAAUGUCGUCUGAGAGUUUGAAUGCUGAGUUAACCAAGAAGACAUCAAUUUUGGGUUUGAAACUCUAUGCGUUGAUAGGGAUAUCUGUAGGUGCAUCCAUAAUUUUGAUUCUUUGCGUCCUGUCAGUAUGGGCUUUUCGUAGGAGAUCUAGAAGAUCAAUGGACUCCCUCUCUCAGAUACCAAAUGUUUCAAAAGAUAUUAGGGUUGACAGGGUUGGGGCUAAUAAGAGUUAUAGUGAUCAGCCUGAUAGUCUAUUCCUCACUAUCAAUGAUAAAUCAAGCGAUAAGAAUUCAGAGAAGAUGAUUAAUCACUUGGGGAUGAGCAAAUCAAGUGAUCCUGAUAACAUCAGUCAAUGCAGCUCGGUAUUUCAUCACGAGAAAGGAUUUAGCUCUCAAUCUGGGGAAGAAGGAAGCUCUGGGACCAUGAGGAAGCAAUCUUCAUAUCCAGGACUUGUGACAGCCUCUCCCCUGGUUGGCUUACCGGAAUUCUCACAUCUUGGGUGGGGUCAUUGGUUUACUCUUAGGGAUCUUGAGUUUGCGACAAAUCGUUUUGCAGCUGAGAAUGUGCUCGGUGAGGGUGGUUAUGGGGUUGUUUACAAGGGAAGACUGAUUAAUGGAACCGAGGUUGCUGUCAAGAAAAUUCUCAACAAUCUGGAAUUCAGAGUUGAAGUGGAGGCCAUUGGUCAUGUGCGUCAUAAGAAUCUUGUCCGUCUUCUUGGAUAUUGCAUUGAAGGGGUUCACAGGAUUCUCGUGUAUGAAUAUAUGAACAAUGGCAACUUAGAACAGUGGCUUCAUGGGGCGAUGCGCCAUCGUGGUAUCCUCACUUGGGAGGCUAGAAUGAAAGUUCUUCUUGGGACUGCUAAGGCCCUUGCUUAUUUGCACGAGGCCAUAGAACCUAAAGUUGUACACCGUGACAUAAAAUCAAGCAAUAUCUUGAUUGAUGAUGAGUUUAAUUCCAAGGUUUCUGAUUUUGGGUUGGCAAAGCUCUUGGGUGCGGGAGAGAGCCACAUCACAACAAGAGUUAUGGGUACAUUUGGAUAUGUUGCACCAGAAUAUGCAAAUACUGGCUUGUUGAAUGAGAAGAGCGACAUUUAUAGCUAUGGGGUACUGCUGCUAGAAGCAGUCACAGGGAGAGAUCCUGUGGAUUAUGGAAGGCCUGCUAAUGAGGUCAACCUUGUGGAGUGGCUUAAGAUGAUGGUAGGGACAAGAAGAGCUGACGAAGUUGUGGAUCCAAAUCUUGAAGUCAAACCUGUAACCCGUGCUCUAAAACGCGCCCUCUUGGUUGCACUUCGCUGUGUUGAUCCCGAUUCAGAAAAGAGACCGAAAAUGAGUCAGGUAGUACGGAUGCUUGAAGCUGAGGAGUAUCCUUUCCGUGAGGUAUGCUUACAGAAUCUUUCCUCUCUUUGCUGCAGCAGGUUUCUAGCUUUUUUCUUCCUACCUUUGAACAACACCACCCAUGAAUGUAUAACACACUAGUUUCGUCCCAAGUCUCAGCUGUUUAAUGUUUAGUCCUUGUUUGUGAUUUUCAAUCAGAAAAUGCACUUUUUCAUUGAUGGAAUGCUAGGAUGAGCCUCUCUAAUCUGAACUGCUACACCUAGACUGCGUUUAAGAGUUAGAAGUGGUUGAAAUGGUAAAUGAAGUUGUUGUUCCUACUUGGAGUCUAAGUUUGCUUUCACAGACUAACCGGCCUACUAAGCGGCCCUAAUUGCUUGUGCACUUUGGAAUUUGGUAUAAUUUGAUCCACAUUGGUGGGGGGAUAUGCAUGAUAUAUUUGUGGGUGUUGGAUUCUUCAGGACCGGAGAAACCGCAAGAGCCGAACUGCAAGCAUGGAAAUUGAAUCUAUGAAGGAAUCGGCAGAAUUGGAAAGCAAGGCAGGGGAGGAGUCAGCUUAGAGCGAGCUGGUAGUAUCUGAAAAAAAAAAAAAUAACGGGCAGGAGGAUAACUGACUGUACACCAGCAGAUGCUAAAAGGAAAGAGGAGACUCAGGUUUCUCAUUCGACAUUGCAACUUGCAAGCUUUAGAAUAACUCAUAUACCUGACCAUACGAUAAGGUAAGAAAGAGAAAAGACUGGAAAAUGUGUGCUUUCCAUGGAAAUUGGCCACCCAUAAUCGGAAAGUUUUUCCGCAAGUGCAUUUUGUCAGUUGGGACGAUUAUGAUAUUUAUGCACAACCGAGGAUGGCAUUGGCAUAUAUGUUAUGAGGAGCUAAUGAAAGAGAUGUUACAAGAUCGAAUCUGGGUGCCGUUAUGCUGUUCAUGUUCAGGCUGGUUUAUGUGCAGGAGAGGGUUUUGGUCUCUGGUGGAGAGCCUUCCAGGAAGGUUUUUUUUUGGUCUUCCUUUUGGUUUUUAACUUUUAAUGGACGUAGUACUGUUUUGAUUCUAAUAUACAGGAGUGGAAGAUCGCUUCUUUGGUUAUUGUGUUUUCUCUUUAUGCUGCAAAUUUGCCACGGCUACAGAUGAGCCUAGUUAAUGCAAGUUUUGCCUAACUCGACCUCGGCUCGUUGAUAAACGAGUGAAGUUCGCGCUUAGCUCGUUUAUUAACAAGGCGGGUCGAAUUCGAGCUAGACUCGUUUAGUAAAACUUUUAAUUCAUGUUUGAUAUUUGUAUGUCAUGCUUGAUUCAUGAGAUUGACGUCAUUAUGGAAAAAAAUAUUAGUUUUAUUUGUC